CUCAUUCAGUAGUACGUAGUAUUUAUUACCCAUACAUUCAUUCAUUCAUUCCUUCACAUCCCAACAUUUUCCUCCGUACAACAAACCAACCACUGCAAUCCAUUAUUUCAGCACUACUUCUCAUCAAGACCAACCGCCAAAUCCUCAUCACAACUUAAUUUCAAUUUCAUGUGCAACCCAGAAACAACAUAGCAUCAAAUCCAACCAAGGAAUCUUUGUUUAGCCCAGUUAAUUUCAUUCAAUCAAAUGAUUCAUGAUAUGCCUGACUCCACUCGCUCGGCUAUGACAAGAACCUCCGACUCCAUUUACGACAAUGAUUUCCUUGAGCUGGUGUGGGAAAAUGGUGAGGUUGUUGCACGAGGAGGUUCAUCAAAUAAAUCACCCAGCAUAAAAAGAACAAGGUUGAACCCUUUAUACUCACUUGAAGAUCACCUUUCCCCUCUAAAGGAAUCUGACAUGAGCUCUUCGUAUCAAAGCAAUGCCCAAGAUUCCUGUCAUUCCAGCCAAAACAAGAAUUCCUGCAAGCUUAACGAGGAACUUGAAAACUUAUUAAGACCAGCAAAGGACUCCAAGCCCGUUACCCCAGGACAUGCUCUCUUACAGCAGUGCUCAUCUUCAUCUCCUCUCAAGAAACAAAGAACUCAUUCAACUCAGACACCACCAACACCGCCAAACACACGGAACAUGGGGUUUCAUCAAACAACAGCUAAAGUGAACUUCUCCAAUUUUUCGAUACCUGCAGUCUUUCUCAAAUCCAGUACUUGUCAUGGAAGCAGUACAACUCAGCAGACAAAAAAUUAUUCAUAUCCAGCGAGAGUGGAGGAGAUUGAAAGAAGUGAAAAACCACCCCCACCCCUUGAUGAGCACUCUGAAGCUAUUGGUCUUGGAAUCCACAGACACCAAGCUCAACAAGCACUUAGAGCCAAGGAAAAAGCUUAUAAUAUUAAUAACACUAUCUGUAAAGAACCGUUCCUAGCUUCUUCUGUGUGCUCUCUUGGAGCUUCAAACGACCCAAAUGUUGGUAUCAGGAAAGAUGAGGACACCGACGACUCAAAUUAUUUAAGUGAUAAUGACGAAGAGCCUGAAAAUAUGGUAAAGCAAGAUAGGGAGGGAAACAGACUCAAGAGAACCAGAAACGCUGAGGUUCAUAACUUAUCUGAAAAGAAGCGCAGAGAAAAAAUCAACAAGAAGAUGCGUACAUUGAAAGAGCUCAUACCAAAUUGCAAUAAGGUGGACAAAGCAUCAAUGCUUGACGAUGCCAUCGAGUAUCUGAAAACUCUAAAGCUUCAGUUACAGAUAAUGUCAAUGGGAAGUGGAUUAUGGCCACUUAUGAUGCUACCUGCUGCGGCAGCGCCUCACAUGAAUGGACCGCAUUUAUCGCAGUUGGUGGGAGCUGGAAUGGGAUUCAGGCCACCAGAGCUUCCUCUUCCACCACUAUCUGCUAUCACAGACACCAGACUUCAUCAGAUGUUUGGUUUCCCCAACCAAAUACCAACUAUGCCAAUGCCUCACGCACCUUUCUUCCCCGUCACCGGAAAUUCUCCCACACAACCACACUUGGCCGCCACCACCGCACCUACACAACAUCUUGCUAAAUCUGCUGCAUCUCUUCAGGUCUCACUCCCCACCAACUUGGACCCUCUGGAAAAUGCAACAAAUCAACUGCAGAAUCCAGUGUCCUUUCAUCCCCACGGCAUCAGUACUCCUUUCAUUUUUCCACAAAAGUAGAGGUAAAUGUACAGAGAGGGAAAGUAGAGAGUGAUGAAAUUAAGAAAUUAGAUUAGAGAAGUUCGUGUAGAAUUUUGUUUACCGUUUUCAAAAUUACACUGUACAUUUUUCUCAUCAUAGAACUCAGUUGCAGAAUCUGACAUUUCACAGUUUCAUGCGUGCUUUAGCCUUGUACUUUACUGGUGUUUUUACCCGUGGAAUACAUGGGAUUAAACACAUAGUUCAAGUAUCUUUUUUGGAAGCCUAGGAAAAUGAUAAAAAAGAAACAUUAAUGUCAAAGAAAUAAAAAAAAUUAAAAUGUAAUAUAUUUCUUGAACAGUUCAGUAUAAAGAAUAGAACAAUAGAGACAGAAAGUAGUAAAACGUGUUUUGCAUACCUUGUUUUGUAAGGAGAUGGUGGCAGAUUGACCUGUAACCCGUGAGUAAAAUAGAAGUGGGUUAGCCCGUAUGACUGACCCGUAACCUGUCAACCUCAUCAUUCAUCUCUACUUCUGUGAUGGCUUUUUCUGUGGCUGCUUGUUUUUCUUCAACACCAUUGAUGUCAAGAUUAUCCUCCUUUGUCUCUAGUUGAAGUUCCUUGUAAUAUUUAUUCAAUUCCUAGUUAUUAAAUUUGUAAGUAGCAAUUAUGAUUUGCUCCUCUUCUUCAUUCAUGUCAUCGUUAUCAGAUACUUCAGUGGAGGAUUUAGAUCCGUCGUCCUCAUCACUAGUGUAAACUAGGAGAUUAUUAACUCUUCAGUCACUUCAUAACUUGUAUCUGAUGAUUGAGCGGCUUCAGCCAAGUUUUCUGAUUUAGAACCUGACAAUGCCACAACAUUCUCACGUUUGGGCCAGGUUAUCAGGGAUCUUUGUUUUCAUCACAACCUUUAGGUAUAAAGAAAGACAAUAUUAUAAUGAGUAAUUCGUAUGAAUUAUGAAUGGAUCAAAUAUGGUUUCCUCUUAUACAACAGUAAUUAAGUAAUUGAGUUGC